GAUCUUUGGGAAGUUCCGUUGGGGAAGAUGGCGGCGGCCGCGAGUACCCUUCUCUUCUUGCCGCCGGAGACUUCAGACUGAGCCUUCCCCGGAAGAGCGGGGGCCUCUGGUGCGCUGCUUCCCCGGAGCCCAGGCUAACUUGGUUCCCCUCUUAGUGGUGGGGAAAGGCUCCCCGGCUUGUGGCGGACCUGAGACCUCACCGCUGUCAGGAUGAAGGCUCAGGGGGAAACCGAGGAGUCAGAGAAGCUGAGUAAGAUGAGCUCCCUCUUGGAACGGCUCCAUGCAAAAUUUAACCAGAAUAGACCUUGGAGUGAAACCAUUAAGCUUGUGCGUCAAGUCAUGGAGAAGAGGGCAGUAAUGAGUUCUGGAGGGCAUCAGCAUUUGGUCAGCUGUUUGGAAACAUUGCAGAAGGCUCUCAAAGUCACAUCUUUGCCAGCGAUGACUGAUCGUUUGGAGUCUAUAGCCAGACAGAAUGGACUGGGCUCUCAUCUCAGUGCCAGUGGCACUGAAUGUUACAUCACGUCAGAUAUGUUCUAUGUGGAAGUGCAGUUAGAUCCUGCAGGACAGCUUUGUGAUGUAAAAGUGGCUCACCAUGGGGAGAAUCCUGUGAGUUGUCUAGAGCUUGUACAGCAGUUAAGGGAAAAGAAUUUUGAUGAAUUUUCUAAGCAUCUUAAGGGUCUUGUUAAUCUGUAUAACCUUCCAGGAGACAACAAGCUGAAGACUAAAAUGUACCUGGCUCUCCAGUCCUUAGAACAGGACCUUUCUAAGAUGGCUAUUAUGUACUGGAAGGCGACUGAUGCUACUCCCUUGGAUAAGAUUCUUCAGGGAAGUGUUGGCUAUCUCACUCCACGGAGUGGGGGUCAUUUAAUGAAUAUGAAAUACUAUGCUUCUCCGUCUGAUCUGCUGGAUGAUAAGACUGCCUCUCCUAUCAUUUUGCAUGAAAAGAAUGUUCCUCGGUCUUUGGGAAUGAAUGUCUCGGUGACAAUUGAAGGAACCUCUACUAUGUACAAACUCCCAAUUGCCCCAUUAAUUAUGGGGUCACACCCAGCUGACAACAAAUGGACUCCUUCUUUCUCCGCAGUCACUAGUGCCAACAGUGUUGAUCUUCCUGCCUGUUUCUUCUUGAAAUUUCCCCAGCCAAUCCCAGUAUCUAAAGCAUUUGUUCAGAAACUGCAAAAUUGCACAGGAAUCCCGUUGUUUGAGACUCCGCCCACUUACCUGCCUCUCUAUGAACUCAUCACUCAGUUUGAGCUGUCAAAGGAUCCUGACCCUUUACCUUUGAAUCACAACAUGCGAUUUUACGCUGCUCUUCCAGGUCAGCAGCACUGCUAUUUUCUCAAUAAAGAUGCUCCUCUUCCUGAUGGCCAAAGCCUCCAGGGAACGCUGGUCAGCAAAAUCACCUUCCAGCACCCGGGCCGAGUUCCUCUUAUCUUGAAUAUGAUCAGACACCAAGUGGCCUAUAACACCCUGAUUGGAAGCUGUGUCAAAAGAACUAUUCUAAAAGAAGAUUCUCCUGGGCUCCUCCAGUUUGAAGUGUGUCCUCUGUCAGAAUCUCGAUUCAGUGUGUCUUUUCAGCACCCUGUGAAUGACUCCCUUGUGUGUGUGGUGAUGGAUGUGCAAGACUCAACACAUGUGAGCUGUAAACUCUACAAGGGGCUGUCAGAUGCACUAAUCUGUACAGAUGACUUCAUUGCCAAAGUUGUUCAAAGAUGUAUGUCCAUCCCUGUGACGAUGAGGGCUAUUCGGAGGAAGGCUGAAACCAUACAGGCUGACACUCCAGCACUGUCUCUCAUUGCAGAGACAGUUGAAGACAUGGUGAAAAAGAACCUGCCCCCGGCUAGCAGCCCAGGGUAUGGCAUGACCACAGGCAACAACCCAAUGAGUGGUACCACUACACCAACCAACACCUUUCCGGGGGGUCCCAUUACCACCUUGUUUAAUAUGAGCAUGAGCAUCAAAGAUCGGCAUGAGUCGGUGGGCCAUGGGGAGGACUUCAGCAAGGUGUCUCAGAACCCAAUUCUUACCAGUUUGUUGCAAAUCACAGGGAACGGGGGGUCUACCAUUGGCUCGAGUCCGACCCCUCCUCAUCACACGCCGCCACCUGUCUCUUCGAUGGCCGGCAACACCAAGAACCACCCGAUGCUCAUGAACCUUCUUAAAGAUAACCCUGCCCAAGAUUUCUCAACCCUUUAUGGAAGCAGCCCUUUAGAAAGGCAGAACUCCUCUUCCGGAUCACCCCGGAUGGAAAUAUGCUCGGGGAGCAACAAGACCAAGAAGAAGAAGUCAUCAAGAGUGCCACCUGACAAACCCAAGCACCAGACGGAAGACGAUUUCCAGAGGGAACUCUUUUCGAUGGAUGUCGACUCACAGAACCCUAUGUUUGAUGUCAGCAUUACAGCUGAUGCGCUGGAUACACCUCAUAUCACCCCAGCUCCAAGCCAGUGUAGUACUCCCCCAACAACUUACUCACAGCCAGUAUCUCAUCCCCAGCCCAGUAUUCAAAGGAUGGUCCGACUAUCCAGUUCAGACAGCAUUGGCCCAGAUGUAACUGAUAUUCUUUCAGAUAUUGCAGAAGAAGCUUCAAAGCUUCCCAGUACUAGUGAUGAUUGCCCACCCAUUGGCACUCCUGUUCGAGAUUCCUCAAGUUCUGGGCAUUCUCAGAGUGCCCUCUUUGAUUCUGAUGUCUUUCAAACUAAUAAUAAUGAAAAUACAUACACAGAUCCAGCUGAGCUUAUUGCAGAUGCUGCUGGAAGCCCCAGUAGUGAUUCUCCUACCAAUCAUUUUUUCUCUGAUGGAGUAGAUUUCAAUCCUGAUUUGUUGAACAGCCAAAGCCAAAGUGGUUUUGGAGAAGAGUAUUUUGAUGAAAGUAGUCAGAGUGGGGAUAAUGAUGAUUUCAAAGGAUUUGCUUCUCAGGCACUAAAUACUUUGGGGAUGCCAAUGCUUGGAGGUGACAGUGGGGAGUCAAAAUUUAAGGGCAGCAGCCAAGCUGACACAGUUGACUUCAGUAUUAUAUCAGUAGCUGGUAAGGCUUUGGGUGCUGCAGAUCUAAUGGAGCAUCACAGUGGUAGUCAGAGUCCAUUACUGACCACCGGAGAAUUAGGGAAAGAAAAAACUCAAAAGAGGGUAAAGGAAGGCAAUGGCACAGGCGCUAGCAGUGGAUCAGGCCCAGGCUCAGACAGCAAGCCAGGCAAGCGCAGCCGCACUCCUUCCAAUGAUGGGAAGAGCAAAGAUAAGCCUCCAAAGAGGAAGAAGGCAGACACUGAGGGAAAAUCCCCAUCUCAUAGUUCUUCUAAUAGACCUUUCACCCCACCUACCAGUACAGGUGGGUCCAAAUCCCCGGGCAGUUCAGGAAGGUCUCAGACGCCUCCAGGUGUCGCCACACCACCCAUUCCCAAGAUCACCAUUCAGAUUCCUAAAGGGACCGUGAUGGUGGGCAAGCCUUCCUCUCACAGUCAGUAUACUAGUAGUGGUUCUGUGUCUUCCUCUGGCGGCAAAAGCCACCACAGUCAUUCUUCCUCCUCCUCUUCCUUGUCUUCUGCUUCCACCUCAGGCAAGAUGAAAAGCAGUAAAUCAGAAGGCUCAUCAAGUUCCAAGCUCAGUGGCAGUAUGUAUUCUAGCCAAGGGUCUUCUGGAUCCAGCCAGUCCAAAAACUCCUCUCAGACUGGGGGGAAGCCAGGCUCCUCUCCCAUUACGAAACAUGGAUUGAGCAGUGGGUCUAGCAGCACCAAGAUGAAACCUCAAGGCAAGCCAUCCUCACUUAUGAAUCCUUCCAUAAGUAAACCAAACAUAUCCCCUUCCCAUUCAAGGCCUCCUGGAGGCUCAGAUAAGCUUGCCUCCCCAAUGAAGCCUGUUCCUGGGACACCCCCAUCCUCUAAAGCCAAGUCCCCUAUCAGUUCAGGUUCUAGUGGUUCUCAUAUGUCAGGAACUAGUUCAAGCUCUGGUAUGAAGUCAUCUUCAGGGUCAGGAUCCUCAGGCUCAUUGUCUCAAAAAACUCCCCCAGCAUCUAAUUCUUGUACACCAUCUUCCUCUUCAUUUUCCUCAAGUGGUUCUUCCAUGUCAUCCUCUCAGAAUCAACAUGGGAGUUCCAAAGGGAAAUCUCCCAGUAGGAAUAAGAAGCCUUCCUUGACAGCUGUCAUAGAUAAAUUGAAGCAUGGGGUGGUUACCAGUGGGCCUGGGGGUGAGGAUCCAAUAGACAGUCAAAUGGGCAUAAACACAAAUUCCUCUAACCAUCCCAUGUCCUCCAAACAUAACAUGGCUGGAGGGGAAUUCCAGAGCAAACGUGAGAAAAGCGAUAAAGACAAAUCAAAGGUUUCUACUUCUGGAGGAUCAGUGGAUUCCUCUAAGAAGACUUCAGAGUCAAAAAAUGUGGGGAGCACGGGUGUGGCAAAAAUAAUUAUCAGCAAGCAUGACGGAGGCUCCCCGAGCAUCAAAGCCAAGGUGACACUACAGAAACCUGGAGAAAGUGGUGGAGAAGGGCUCAGGCCACAGAUAGCCUCUUCAAAGAACUAUGGCUCUCCACUGAUCAGUGGUUCCACUCCAAAGCAUGAACGGGGUUCUCCCAGCCACAGUAAGUCGCCAGCAUAUACACCCCAGAAUGUGGACAGUGAAAGUGAGUCAGGCUCCUCCAUAGCAGAGAGGUCCUACCAGAACAGUCCCAGCUCAGAUGAUGGUAUCCGACCACUUCCAGAAUACAGCACAGAGAAGCAUAAGAAGCACAAAAAGGAAAAGAAGAAAGUCAAAGACAAAGAUAGAGACCGGGACAGGGACAAAGACAGAGACAAGAAAAAGUCUCACAGCAUCAAGCCAGAGAAUUGGUCUAAAUCUCCCAUUUCUUCAGAUCAGACUUCAUCUAUGACAAAUAACCCUAUCUUAUCCUCAGACAGGCCUUCCAGGCUCAGCCCUGACUUUAUGAUUGGGGAGGAAGAUGAUGAUCUUAUGGAUGUGGCCCUGAUUGGCAAUUAACCUUACUUUCUAAACAGACAUGUCCAGAGACAAAAGUAAUGACCUAUGUAAACCAGCACGAGGGGUGAGUUAGAUAGGCCCAGUCUGUGCUUCAGAAUCCUAAAGGGCGUGGCCUCCAAACCAAGCUGGGUACACUUACAAACACAUGUCUAGACCCUGCUACCCAAACCAUGUGGUUGGUUGUUCACAAACAAGUUAUAUUUCUUGCCAGAAAGCAAUGAAUAAAAUACUUGCUUAAGAAAGGGAGAGGGGUGGUGGGAAGGGGUGUAGAAAGGGAGGGUGGGAAACUGUUGUGGGAAAUAUUCAUAUAUAUUUUUCUCCCUUUUUCCAUUUUCAGGACAUGCUUUAAACCCAUUUUAGUGCAUGUAUUUGAAGGGCUGGGCAGAAAAUGAAAAAGCAAUACAUUCCUUGAUGCGUUGGCAUGAAGGCGGUUCACCUUUGGGAGUUGCCUGUGGGAAGCAUGGGCAAGGGAAGGACCGUGGCAGUUCUGGACACUUAAAGCAAUGUUUGGUGUCUCUUUCUUAGGAGUGAUUGGGGGAGGGGAAAUUAUUUUAGCUAUUUAUUUGUAAUAUUUUAAUCCUUGAUGUUUGUUUUUAUGCAAUGUUUGUUCUUAAAUCUAUGAAGGUUAUGGUUCAGAACAAUAGGAGACAGGUAGCAAGGUGUGUCUGGCGGGGGGAGCUUGCAGCUUGUGUUGAUGCUGCAGCACAAAGCCCACAGAGCUAAUCACACCCUGCCUUUGAAGUUGAAUAGAAAAACCAAAACUAUUAUCUUUGGAGGUUUUUCACAGGGUUCAGACACCAUAGGAAUAUUAAGAGUGAGUUACCUCCCUAUGCAGAUAAAAGGUUUAUCUUCUUUCAUUAAAAAGGAAGGGUGGCUUUUGGGGGUAUACAUAUGUUUUCAGAGUCUAUACCCUAUUGUAUAAAAACCAGUAUAGAAUUAAUAGUUCUCCUAGUUCCACAAUGUGCCAAAAGUCUACAUCCCAGCAUUUUGUUUGCAGGAGAGCUGAUGCCAUUCCUAAGAGCUGGACUCUUUGUUUCUCUUCAUCACAAGAAGAAGGAGUUCAGACUUAAAUCACUCCACUGUAUGCUCCCCGAGAUAAACAGUUUUUAAAAAAGAUGCAGCCAUAGUUCACUUAAAACAAUUUCAAGCUCACUUGAAGUGAGUAGGGCCUGGAAUACUAAGUGAGCAUGAAGAUACCCUUGCUACUGUGUAGCACACACUCGGACCUUUUGGAGAAACAGGUCCGAGUCUGGAUUCUGAGGGACAUCAAAGGAAGACCUCAUAAAUAGAGAAAUGCAGGAGACCAUUUUGAGUGCAACAGAAGUUCUCAGUAUUUGGAGGGUCCUCUCAAAAAUCCGCGGCCUUACUUUGAUUUCACCACCUGCACUGUGCCAUUCCUGAUGAUUCCAUUCAGGAUCUGUAUCAGCGGGGUGGGGCAUCAUCCCCAGCACAACUCUUGUGGAUUACAAAACGGAAAAAAAAAAAAAAAAAGCCA